AUGCCUCCACCAAAUACGGACAAUGAUGGAGGAAACAGGUCAAAAAGCCAGAAGUUACUUUCGAGUGUUGGUGUGAAUAUAGCUGGUAAUGGCCAAUUACAAUUUUCCAUUCCACCAAGUCAAAUCAUAUCAAAAAUCCAAAAAUUUGUUGAGAAAACAAGCGAAGAAGAACUCCAAACAAUAAUACACAUGAUAUGUGAUGAAUUAACUCAACCAGAAACUCUGAAAAACUGGCUGACACCCCCAAAUAGUUCGAAUCAAUCAUUUAUCAGCAUCUUACUCGAGAACAAGAAAUUUCAGACGAGCAUUGUCGAAACACUCUGCCAGUACUUAUCGUUAACAGACACAGAAACCUCCAUGGAUGUUCCUAGAGAAAUUACAAAAUUAAUAUUACAAUCUCUGAAGUUUCAUUCACGAAUUUACGAGCCCGAGAAGGUUGCUUCUGCGUUAUUCGAUGCAAUCAACAACGCGAAAGACGUUCUUCAGCCUUUAAUCAUCGGAUCUCUUCACGAAAUCUUGGACAGCUCUUCAUUCGUUGUAAACGACUUACUUGACCUAAUGACACGUACACCAGCCCUUACCAAAGAUAUCCUUGGCUCUUUCGAAGGUUUUGAGCUUUCCCAAGAAGAUAAAAAUAAAAUUCGCGAAAAAGUAAUGAAAGACACUUUGUCAGCUGUUGGACCUUCAGAUUUAAAUGUUGUUAUUCAAUUCCUUAUGGAUACAACUGAUAAAUCCAAUUCCCAACAAACAGUUGAAUCAUUUCGCGAAAAUAUCGUUGUUUCUAACGAUGAAAACAACGAAACUGAUGACUCUGAUGUAUUCCUUAUCCUUAUUUUGAAGAACAGUUUAAGAGUUAACACAGAUUUCGCUUCUGCUUAUAUUAAAGUAAUGCAUGACCAGAUGGAACUGGAAGCUAUCGAUAUGUGGGCAUUAUACUGUUUGUUUGAUAUUGCUAAUAGAAGGAAUGACGCAAUUACAACAAUUACAAAAUUAAUUCAUGGAAAUUCAAUAAACGAAGAUUCCAUAAAUAGGAGUAUAAAAGGUCAUGGAAAGGCUGUACAGUCUAUUGCUAGAUCUCUUACUGAUCUAAUUUCUUAUCUUUUGGAAAAUAAUUCUGGUGAAUUACAAGAAACAGGAAAUUUCUUGGCCAUGGCGCUUUUUGGAGAGUCCCAACAUUUGGGAAUACAACAGGACAUAAUUGCGUCAAUUCUGCAGCAAAUUGGAAUAGGAAAUGACCCAAAUAAGAAAAAUGCCAUUAAAUUACUCCAAAAAAUGAGCGAAGAGUACCCAGAAAAGAUGAAGUUCCACUCACAUAUCUUAGAAGCUCUUCUUUUCUCUUAUCAGUCGAUGCCUUUGGAUAUUUUCAAAAUUGGAGUCAAUAUAAUCGUAAAACUCACAUUCACCGACCAAUCAAGUAUUGAACUUAACGCCGGAUCUCAACUCCACGUGUUUUUGAGAAAAAUGUUGAAUAAAAGCUCAACAGGAGAGGCCAAAUUCGGUAUUAUUGUGGCCGCAAGCAUUCUUAAGAGAUAUGCCGAGAUUUGCAAUGAAGAAGACUCUCCUGUUCAGAAACAUUUCAGUUAUAUAAUUGAUAUGACCUCUGGAAACCUUCCAAUUACGGCCAUGCUGUUCCAGGAAUUAUCAGAAGACAGACCAGACUCAAAGUCAUUGAACACAAUGCUUUAUAACUUACUCAGACAGUCAUUAGAAACAUUAUUAACUCCAAGUAUAGAUAACAACCUCGAAAGGUUCGGUAUAGGCGAUAAUAGUAAAUACGCAGUCAUGUUCUACGAAGCAGCGACAACAGAACCAACACAAAGAACGUUAUCUUUAUCCAGAGUAGGAAAUGCCAAUUUAUUGACAAAAGCAGCGUAUAUAUUUUCACAUGGAGCUUUGGAGUUAUUCUUGGACUGCGCAGUUUCAAUACAAAAGGAAGAUUUAAAUUUAUUAAACUUACCUCUUCAUUUGUUUAGAAUUUCAGGCGAUGAAACAAUCACACAGCUUAAGGAACUAUCCAUCCUUUACAUGGCGCAUAACUGGCUUGUAACCUUGAUAAAUCAUUACGGACAUCUCCAAAACGAAGCCAUUUUCACACGAAUCGACAAUCUGUUGGACGUAGAUGAUCAGAUGCUAUCCAUAUAUAGCGAAGAUUUAGAGUUUUCUAAGUUAGAUGAAGUUGUUCCGAAAAUUCCGAAAGUUGAAUCGAUUGCGAAGAAAGCAAACUCGAAAGAUGAAAGAUCAUCAUUCUUCAUCAACGAAUUGCAUAACUACUUCAUCACCCCUAACAUAGAUUUCUGUUCUAUGAUGUUAAAACUUGAAUUUCCCUUGGACGAUCAAAAAUUCAGAAUUUUAAUAAGGUUAUUAAAUUCUUAUUCGAAAUUGAUCGAAACUCCAAAGAAAAAAUCAAAGGAAACACCUAUAGAAUACCCCUUCAAAACAAAACAAUUGUCACAACCGUCAAAUGAAAUAAUUCAAUGGUUGUCGACGGUUUUGUUGCCAAAUUUACUAAAAAGUGACAACAGAAAAGCCCCAUUUGUUACCAUACAAGUCAUUGAGCUUAUUGCUAUGCAGUUUACGAUGCCAUGUUACAAGAAUGCCGAUUUCUAUGCGGAAUUAUUGAAUUCCAUUUCAGGAACGAGAUCUCGCAAGAAAACAUUUAUGAUGUUUAAUGAUUUCAUCAAUGAAGAAAUGUCUUCUGAUGUUGUUUCGAGUAUUUUGUAUCUGAUGAGGACUGUUCUACAUUCUGGACCUUCUUCAAGAAUAGAUAAACACGGUGAAGAAGCAGAAAUAAUCAAUAAAAGAUGUAAAGAACUCCUCAAAAAAUCUGACAAACCGUUAAAUACAAAAAGUGUCAAAACGGUUUUACAAAUGUUAUUUGAACAUAAUCCAUGUCCAAUUGAUGAUGUCAGAGAGUUUGCUGUUAAUGUAUUAUGUGUAGAAAUAUACACAGAAAACAAAAGAGAUGAAGAUUGGCCAUGUAUUAAUGAAAAAACUGCUCCAAUAUUUUUCCAUGAAUGUUUUGGAGUUUUGAACAAAGAAUUACAUGAUAUUUCCCAGAAAAUGUCAAAACAAGGAACAUUGAGAGAUGAAGCAACAAUCCUACAAGUGUUAGAAAGAUUGGAAGAGAUAAUGAUCUGUACAAAAGGUUUGUAUAACUCAACAAUCGCUUAUAAACUUCCUGUUUCAAUAAUGAGAGAUUCUCUAAAAAUGGGAGGUGUUUGGCUCACUGAAUGCAUGGGUUUGUUCGACUUCUUGAAGGACGCAUAUAACGUGGACUCUUUGAAAGUAAAUGAGUUCUUGACAAACUUGAAAACAGUCAGAAGAUACGUCAACUCUAAAAUUAGAUUCGUCAAAGUCGAAUCAAAAGAUAAAACAUUGAAUGCUUUAGUUCCUGCAGUCCAAAAACCAAUGUCAAUGAUCACGUAUAAGAUGAAACAGUUGAUAAUUGAUACUCAGGGAACUGAAGGAACUACUUUGACUCCUAUGAGAGACAAGGAUUUAACUGGAGCAAACUUGGAUUCACAAGGAUAA